AUGACACAUCAAUAUUUUAUUUUUAGUCCCACCACAUUCCCCAAAGAUGUAAAAUUUAAUGAAUUUCAUGUAACUCCGGCUAAAGAUUUAGGAAAGGGUUAUGCUCUUAAUAAUUUACUAGAUAAUGUUGAAAGAUUGUUUGAAAAUGAAAUUAAAGGUCCCGAAGGGUUUACAGUUGUCAAUGGAGAAAUGUACACUACAUUGCAUGGCGGCUAUGUGGCAAAAGUUUUCGAUGAUCAAAUCAUUCCAGUUGUUAAAUUCGGAGAGCCUUGCGAAAAUUGGUGGGAAGAAAGUAAAUGUGGAAGACCAUUAGGAAUAAAAGGAGUUGGAGAUGAUCUUUAUGUCGCUGAUGCUUAUUAUGGAAUUUUCAAAUAUAAUGUAAAAACUAAAAAAACUGAAAAGCUUGUUGAUAAGGAUUCAAUUAUUGAUGGGAAAACUUCGAAAAUUUUUAAUUCUUUGGAUAUAGCAAGGGAUGGUACAGUUUAUUGGAGUCACACCAGUUCUGAUUUUACUAUUGAAAAUGGUGUUUAUGUAUUUCUUUCAGAUGGAAUUGUGAAAUAUGAUCCUCGAACUAAAAAGAACACAGUACUUAUGGAAGGUUUAUUUGGAGCAAAUGGAAUUUUAUUGUCUCCUAAUGAAGAUUUUUUACUGGUAGCUGAAUCUGGUCAUAGUAGAAUACAUCAAUAUUUUUUGAAGGGCACCAACAAGGGAGGCAGUAAAAUUUUCGUAGAUGGAUUACCAGGAGUGCCGGAUAAUUUAAGACUUGUCAGUGAAGACAGAUUUUUUGCACCUUUAGUUAAAGUUCAUGAACAUUUGUCAGAAUUUCAAUACUUAACUAAUUAUCCCUUGACUAGAGAAUUUUUGACUAAAUUUUUAUCAAUUAUCGAUGCAUUAUUUAAUAAAAUUGAAACCAUGUAUCCGAACAAAAUAUCAAAAGCAGGCCUUCAUUUUGUCGGACAUUUAGAAACCUUACUUUGGAUUUCUCCUGUUAAAACGACAUUAUUAGAAUUUAAUUGGUCAGGUGAUGUGGUUAGGAGUUAUCAUGGAUCAGAUGGUUCGUUUCCUCAUCUAAGCGAUGUUUUCAUUCAUAAUGGAUAUUUGUACAUGGGUUCUCCGUAUAAUAAUUUUUUGGGGAGAAUACCUUUGACGAAAUUAGGAGAGAAAUUACCUGUUAAGCUUCCUACAAGAUCUGACAACGUCAGAUCUACACAGUCAGCGCAUGGUAGUGUUACAGAGCAACAUCCUCCAACAACCACAAAGCAACCUCAUCGGCCAGCCGUAAGGCAACCUCCUCCACCAACUGUAACGCAAUCUCCUCCGCCAGCUGCAAAGCAACAUCCUGCUCCAGGUACAAAACAGGCUCCUCCUCCAAACUCAAAGCAACCUUCUGCAACAGCCACAAAGCAGUCUGCUGCACCAGCUCGUCAGACAGUCCCAUCUACAACAACAAAACGACCUCAAACUACAACAGUUAAACCAAACGUGAAACCCAACACGGAAACUCCCCGGAAAAAACAAACAAAUCCAUAA